AUUUGUGCCUCUUCUGUUCUUCCCUAAUGAGAAACAGGUCCAGCAAAAGAAACCCCGGACUGCAUCUCAAGACUCUUCUCUUCUUCGAAAUCCAGAUUGGGGCAAAAAAAGCAAAAUCUUUUACAAGCUUCAUUGCUGUUGACAUCGAAGCGAUCACCGCCAUUUCAUCCUUAUUUCUCUCUGCAAUUCUCCAUCACCACUUUGUAUGUACAAUCUCAUGUUACUUCCUCAACUCAAAAAGUUCCACACAUCAACAACCACUACCAUUCUGCGCCACUGCGUCGAGACUUCCAACUUGCCAAAAGCCAAAGCAAUACACGCAAAGCUCAUCAAAACAUCCCAACACGAAUCAGAUUCCUUAUUCACCCACAACCAUCUCAUCAACGCCUACGUCAAAUGUGGGGACACCGCGAGUGGCCUCCAACUGUUCGACGAAAUGCCUGAGAGGAACGUUGUGUCGUGGACGGCCCUCAUCGCCGGUUUCGUGCAAAAGGGCUUCCCUGCCGAAACACUCUCUCUGUUCUCAGAUAUGCACAGGAGCAGCAUUCGCCCCAACGAGUUCACCUUCGUCAGCGUGCUCCACGCUUGCUCUUUUGCACAGACCUUCCACUUGAUUUGUGCUUUUCAAGUCUUUGCGAUGGUCAUCAAGUUUGGAUUUGAGAAUAAUGUUUAUUUAGUGAAUGCGUUGCUGACUACUUUGAUAAGAAAUGCUGAGUUGGAUGAAGCUGCUAAGGUCUUCGAGGAGUGCUUCAACAGAGAUAUCGUGUCGUGGAAUGCUGUAUUCGAUGGCUUCUUGAAAUUCAGCUGCAAUUGCAUACCCAAUUUCUGGCGUAGGAUGAUCUUCGAAGGUGUAAAACCGGAUGCAUUCACUUUUGCCACUGUUCUAACUGGUUUAGCCGACCUUUCGAAUCUCGAAACCGGGCUGCGAGUCCAUGCCUUGCUCAUCAAAUCCGGGCAUAGAAGUGAGAGAUGUGUGGGGAAUGCUUUGGUCGACAUGUACUUGAAAAGUAGAAGAUUAGACGAAGGUUUGGCAGCGUUCGAGGAGAUCCCAUCGAAGGAUGUUUACUCUUGGACUCAGAUUGCAGCUGGUUGUCUGGACUCCGGGGAGGCAGUGGCGGCGCUCAGGGUGAUCGGAGAGAUGAGGAGGGCCGGGAUCCGGCCUAACAAGUUCACCCUAGCAACGGGGCUCAACGCGUGUGCUAGCUUAUCGAGCCUUGAUGAAGGGCGGAAAAUGCAAGCUCUGGCGGCUAAACUAGGCGAUGAAGAAGUUGAUGUCUGUGUGGACAAUGCUCUGCUCGACAUGUAUGCCAAGUGCGGGCACAUGGACAGCGCACUGAGGGUGUUUUCCUCCAUGAGUGAACGCUCGGUGGUGUCGUGGACAACGAUGAUCAUGGGGUACGCGCAGAACGGGGAGGCUGAGGAGGCUCUUAAAGUUUUCGAAGAGAUGAGGACGCGGGUAGAGAGGCCUAAUCACAUCACCCUCAUCUGCGUGCUGUAUGCGUGCAGCCAAGGGGGGCUUGUCGACAGAGGGCUCAGCUAUUUCUCUUCGAUGAGCCGAGAAUUCGGCAUUGUGCCGAGAGAGGAUCACUACGUGUGCGUGGUGAAUCUGCUCGGCCGCGUGGGGCGCAUCAGGGAAGCGGAGGAGCUCGUCCUCCGCAUCCCAUUUGAGCCGAGCGCUGUCGUUUGGCAGACAUUGCUCGGGGCCUGUCGUCUCCACGGGGACGUAGAGACGGCUAGACGGGCUGCAGAACUAGCACUGGCCGUCGAUCGGGAUGAUCCCUCGACGUAUGUGUUGAUGUCCAAUACUUUUGCUGAUUUUGAGGAUUGGGGGAGUGCGAGGACAUUGAGGGAGUGGUUGGAGAAUAGGGAUAUCAAGAAAAUGCCGGGUACAAGUUGGCUUGAGAUCAGUAGAGGUUCGAGAUAGCUCCUGCGGGUUAACAUUUGUUAGAUUAGUGCGUAUGGUUAGUGGAACAUUUUAUUUUAUUUUUACUUUGGAGAGGGGGUAGCGGUGGGGUUUGAAUCCUAGACAUCACUGUUCACAGACAUGAAUUCAUGCCGCUUGGUGUCCCAUCGGGGACGAUGGAACAAAAUUAUUGUAACCGUCAAAAUGAAUUUUAUGAAAUAUUGGAGAGCUAUUUCGAACA